AUGUCGAGCGUAGAUAGUUCAUCUGAAGGAGAAACCAAGAAAGUGAAUAAAAAAAUCAAAAUAAAAGAGCUGAUAGAGAGUGAGUGUGGUUUCACAGAAACACUACUGGCUGUGUUUGACAGCUUUCAAACAGAGUAUGUAGAAGAAGAUGAUACUGUUCGUUAUAACGUUAAGCUUUUGGAAGAAGAUGAGAAUGGUAGAACGCCAGGAGACCAAGAUUUUGACGAAACACACCACACCGUUUUCCAUUCCCUGGCCGAAAGAGAACAUAAGGAAGUGAUCAAUCAUCCCGUAGUUAGAGCAUUGGUCGACUAUAAAUGGACUGAAUGGGCAAGGAACAGAUUUAUGUUGAAUGUUUGUCUGUAUUUAUUGGGCCUGUUUUCACUGACAUUUUCUGUAGCCGUUGCUGCAACUACUGAUGACGUUAAAACGUACAACACUGGUUUACAAUAUACACGAGCUUUUUUUGAAGUUAUUUCAUAUGGAACUGUUAUCAGAUCAUUGAUUCUUGAAAUUUCCCAAGUGACGAAACAUCAGCUUUCUUACUGCCAAAUCCGAUUUAACUGCUUGGAGAUGGCCACGGCAUUGAUAUUAGUCUUAGUACUUCCUGUGCGUUACAUCAAUACUCAUUUGCAUUGGUAUAUCUUUGGGUUGGGAUAUAUGAUGUGGGUUCUGAAGAUUUUCAAGUAUGCGGUUGUUUUCAGCAAAACGGAUGCUUACAUAGAAUCUCUACGGAAAAUCUUCUGGGAAGAUCUUAUACCAUUCAGUUUGCUCUUUUGUAUCGUCAACCUAGCCUUUGGUGGCACGUUUCUUCUUGUUUCGAAAGGCGAUGAUAGCUUGGAGACACAUGCUGAAACUAGUUCACUAUACGGAAUCUGGUAUGUUGGUCUAAGAACACUGAUAGAGGCACAGCCAGUUGUAGAAUACACUGGAGAGGAAGGCUACAG